AUGGGAGCCAGCAUCAACCUCAACCGUACACACUAUUUGCUAUUUGGCAUCUUGUGUGGUUUUGUAUGCAGCUACUACUCGCCGAAAGAUCUCUCCGCGGAUGUUACGGAAUGCCCGGAGGCGGCGGAACACACGGACAGAUUGCUCGCGCUCGAGCAUGGCGGUGAGUUCGAGCCCCAGCUCAACCUGGAUCAGAAGCCGAUGAUCGCGAAGAAGGUGGUGAAGAACAUUGUCCGGCCCCGAUACUACUACUCCGAGCUCGGCAUCCGGGAGAAGCUGUUCGUCGGAGUGCUGACGACGACGACAAACAUUGACAGCCUCGCCACUGCCAUCAACCGCACCAGUGCUCACCUUGUGAACAAGAUUAAAUUUUUUAUCCACGCCGACAACGUGAAGACCAACUUUGAUCUGAAGAAUAUAGUCGGGUUUACGGACACGCGGCCAACGUUGCGGCCGUUUCACAUGCUUAAGUAUAUUGCAGACAACUACCUGGAUGAGUACGACUACUUUCUGCUGCAGACGGACACGACGUACAUCAACGCGCGCACGCUCCGGCAGCAGUUGGAGCAUCUCAGCAUCACACUCGACGUGUACAUGGGCACGCCGCUAGAUGAGACCCCCAGCGGUGGAAACGAACCCGAGGGUCCAGAUGAUCGGCGCGAGUACUGUGAUUUUCACGCAGGUAUCAUUCUGAGCAGUGGAGCUAUACGCAAGAUUCGAGCCAAUCUGGACUGGUGCGUACGCAAUUCCGAGUCCAACGAUCACAGCACCAACAUUGGCCGCUGCGUGAAGUACUCCACGAAGAUCAACGCCUGCCACGGAUCCUGGCAGGGUAUCGACAUCACGAGCUACCGCUUGAACAGCUACAAAAUCUAUCGCGAUUUCCACCUGAUCGCGAAGGAGCAGCAGUUCAACGAUGCGUCGACGGUGUACCCCAUUACGACGGCGGAUGAUUUCUAUCUGCUGCAUGCGUACUUUUCCCGCAUCCAUCUGGAGCGUAACAACGACGUGAAGCGAGCGCUGCAGGAAGAAGCGAUGCAGAUUUCGAAUGGUACGCUGUCGAACGAUAUACUGGAGGUCCGGUGGCCGCUGGGUGUGCCAAAAACGAGCCCACCGGAAUCGCGCCACGAUGUCAUCACAUGGAUUGCGCUCAACACAACGCAUUCGUUCAUGUGGAAUUCGGAGGUGAACGUGCAGCGGCUAUCGUCCGUAGACGAGGAGGAUAUGCGGAAUGUACUGAAUAAAACCAUUCUGGAAGCCACUCGUAGUCAUCCUCACAUGGAGUACCGGGGUAUUCACACCGCUUACAAACGGUUCGAUGCCGUGCGGGGCAUGGAAUACCGGUUGCUGCUCAACUUCUACGAUCGGAAGGUAAAGAGCGUGAUAACGAAAAGCUUCGAGGUGAUCAAGCCGAUCAGUUUGAUCGAAAUCGUCCCCUCACCGUACGUCACGGAGAGCACCCGGGUGGCCAUACUGUUGCCCAUCUUCGAGCAUCAGGUGCUGGAAUCGGAGCAGUUUCUCGAACGCUACGAGAAAACCUGCAUGGACAGUCAGGACAACACGUUCCUGAUGCUCAUAUUCUUCUACCGUGCCGAAACACCCAGCAAGGGCGACGAGGAUGUGUUUCUUCCGCUGAAGAACAUCGCACUCGCGCUUACGGAAAAGCACAAGCAGGAUGGUUCCCGGGUGGCCUGGGUGUCGAUCAGACUACCACCGGAGGUGAGCGCCAAGUUUGAUGAAAAUGAUCGCUACUACAGCUCGCUUUAUGGGCCACACGGGCGGAUGUCCUUCGCCGCGGCUGAUCUGGCCUUGCGGAAGAUUGGCCUCGAGAGUCUGGUCAUGGUGUGCUCGAACGCGGCCUCCUUUCGGCCCGACUUCCUCAACCGCGUGCGCAUGAACACGAUUCAGGGAUUCCAGGUGUUCAGCCCGAUCGGUUUCAUGAUGUACCCUUGCGAGUGGACCGGUCUGUGCAAACCGUGCGAGAACUGCGACGUCGGUCAGAGCAGCGGUUACUUCGAUCGGGCCAACUACGAUGUGGUGUCCUUCUAUAGCAACGAUUACGUGCAGAUCCGGAAGCAGCUCGAGCAUGUGCUACCGAUCGCUCGCACCGACCGGGACAUCGUGAAUCUGCUAUCAACCAACUCCACGCAACACGCCGGUAACGGCACGAUGGGGAACCUGCUGGAGCUGUUCACGCGCAGUGACAGCAAGAUACACGUGCUGCGGGCUAUCGAACCGAACCUGCGCUUCGGUCGAAGCAUUAGCAACUAUUUGGCCAACGAUCCGUAUGGGGAGCGGUUUGCCAAGUUGCGCUGUCCCGAUGCGGACCAGCGGAAGUGCAUUCGAAUCGCAUCGAAGAAGCAAAUCGGGGAGGUGUUUGUACAGUAUAAUAAGCAGUUCGAAAACCGCGAAAGUGUGUGAAGAAGCGAGCCAUUUUUUUAGAAAACGCACUCUCGAGACAAUAUUCAAAUGCCUUUUACUUUAAGAUUUUCUGUCAUUAGUUUCACGUAUUUUAGUCGUUUUAUGGAGAUCUAUCGCAGAGGGAGACUAAAUUUAAACCGAUCAGACGAAUAAACCUGUACCAUUAAAAACUGCUGUUCCCAUUCUGA